ACUUGACUUCAGUUCAGUUCGGUUCGAUAAUCGCGAAAUAGUCAACAAGUUUGAACGGAGAGAACGGAUCCAAAAGCAAUGGAUAAUCUUAGGGGACAACGUAUGUCCAUGAAAAAUGUAUGUCCUGAAGAAAUGGCAGAAAUGGCCGAAAUGUGGCGACAAUCUCGCCUCAUGGAGGAAAUGAUGGAUAAACGGCGCUCACAACACAUGGCCAUGAGAAACUCGGUGAUGAUGGACGAAAUAAGGCCACUCCAAAGGCAGGUGUCGCGCAAGGAGGCGGCGGCGCCAUCACCGAUGCCCGAAAUAAAUCACAAGAAACAUAGCUGUACCGAUGUCCAUUGUCUGAUUAUAUUUGUGUGCUUCAUUGUGGCCUGGUUCUAUAUAGCUCACUUUGCCCUUAGCCAGGGUGAUUUGAAUCGGGUGGUGCUGCCAACCGAUUCGAAAAAUCGUAAAUGUGGCAUCGAUUCGGGUGUGGUCAACAAACCGUAUUUGUAUUUUUUCGACUUGGACAAGUGUUUGGAUGUGGAAACAGCUCUGGGGGGCUGUAAAACGAAACAGGUGUGUGUUGAACAGUGUCCUCAGCAGGCGUUUGUGUGGGGCGACCAUGUGGCCGAUAGCGAACUGGAGAAUGCCAAAAACCUACUGAUCUGUGAUGAUGAUGUGGACAAAAAAGAAUUGCGCACGCGCGCCCAAAUUAAUUCUGCAGUGGCCCAGGGUCAUUGUAGCGCCUUGUAUGUGAAAAGUACGGUGGUCUUCAAUUACUGUAUGCCCUUUUCCAGCCAGGAUCUGUGCAACUUUCUGCCCGAUUCGUUGAAAAAUCGCAAACGGCGAAGUCUUCCGCCCCCAUCUGAGGCAUUGUCUUUGAAUGAUGUCUUCGAUAGAUACGAUGAAUUCAAGAGACGUACAGCCCAAUUUUGUCGUCGCAAUGAUACCACUCCCGAUGUAAUGCUCAAGCAAAAAGUGGAACAGACCCAUUCGAGUAGCACGAAGCUAAUUGCCGCCAUUAUUGCGAAAUUCGGCAGCAAUGACAGUGUGGGAAAUGAGCGUUUGGCCGAGGACAUAAAAAAGGAUUUGAAAUCAUCGUGGAAGGUUAUCGCCAUGGCAUUUAUCAUUCAUGUGACCUUGGCUUUGCUGUUCAUUGCCCUGCUGCGCUAUGUGGCCAGACCUUUGGUGUGGCUCUCCAUUUUUGGAGUUUUCAUUGGACUGGCACUUAGCCUGCUCUACAGCGUGAAACAGUACAGUUUCUAUAGCCGAUAUCCCACAGUGCCGCAGCACAGUGUCAACCUAAUGGCCAGCCUGGAGAACAUUGUGCACAACAAGGAUUUUUGGAUGUGGGUAUCGGUGUUGACGGGAGCGGUUUUCGUGAUUAUUCUGUUGGUGGUAUUGGUGCUGCGCAAACGCAUUGCCAUUGCCAUAGCCUUGAUCAAGGAGGCCAGCAAGGCCAUAACCUCAACCAUAAGCUCCAUAUUUUUCCCCCUCUUUCCAGGCUUCCUCUAUAUUUUGGUGAGCAUUUUAGCUGGGGUGGUGUUACUCUACCUCAGUUCGAUUGGCAACAACUCGUUUCGGGUUUUCAUGCAAUUGGAUGCCAACAACCCCUUGCCGGUGGAGAGCUGUGAAUGCGAUGGACCUGCCAUGUCAUAUGAGCUAAAUGGCAAAUGCUUGCCCGAUGUUUUUGAAGCCCACUGCCACAUUUCCAACACCAACAGAAGCUGUGUGGAGACAGUUUGUCGUUUUGCGGAGAUUGAGAAGACGCCCAUGGUCCAGUGGUUCACUUAUUUUUGUAUCUUCACCUAUUUUUGGGUGGUGUUUUUCAUAUCGGCCUAUGGGGACAUGGUGCUGGCCUGUACCUUUUCCAUGUGGUAUUGGACCUUUGAUAAGAAGAACAAUUUGGAAACGAUGCCAGUGUUUAAGGCCAUGGCCAAGACCACGCUAUAUCAUUUGGGAACGUUGGCCUUUGGUUCGUUGGUUUUGGCCGUGUGUCGUAUGAUUCGCUACCUCCUGGACUUCCUGGAGAAACGUUUGAAAAUGUACAACAACAAGCUGACCCAGGCCCUGUUGUGCUGCAUGAAAUGUUUCUUCUGGCUUUUGGAGAAUUUCCUGCGUUUUCUCAAUCGCAAUGCUUACAUCACAUGUGCCAUACACAGCACCAGUUUUUGUGCCAGUUCGCAAAAGGCCUUUGGCCUCAUAACCCAAAAUAUCCUGCGAAUGUAUGCCAUAGAUAAGGUGUCCGAUUUUCUGUUCUUUCUAUCGAAAGUCCUGCUGACGGCGUGCACCUGUUUUGCCACCCAUUUGGUUCUGACCACCUAUCCACAAGUGUUUAAUGUCAACUACCCAUGGGUGCCGAUCUUUUUUAUUAUCAUUCUGGGCUAUAUAAUGGCCGAUGUUAUAUUCAGCACCUAUAGCAUGGCGGUGGAUACGUUGUUCUUCUGCUUCCUGGAGGAUAGCAAUGAAAAUGAUGGAUCUGCCGAGAAGCCCUACUAUAUGUCGAAGAAUCUAAGCAAAUUGCUGAACGAGAAGAAUGCCCAGAAGAAGGUGAAGAAAAUGAGAGGCGAUUUUAUAAGGCAAUAAAAAAGAGUUAUUUUGUUUUUAAUCGAUACGCAUGUAUUUAGAGAUAUGUUAUAAAUAUUCAGAAAAUAAAAUAUUCGGAAUAUAAAUAUUCAGAAAUAUACAAAUAUUGGA